ACCGGUGGAGGUGGUGCUGUGCGCGAAGGAGACACAUGUGUUCCCAUGUGCUGAGCGCCAUGGCGAUCAACCUGAGCGAGUUCCAGAUCCGCUACCCGGACUUUCCCAAGUAUCUGUGGGAUUCGGAGACACCCUACUCGGACGCUAUGAAUGUCAAGCCCAGUCGACGGAACCCCGACCACACCAAGCGACCGCUCAACACGUUCAUGCUGUUCGCCAAAAUCCAGCGCGAGUAUAUCACGGCCAACUUCAGUUGCAACCACUCUGAGAUCUCCAAGGCGCUGGGCCGGCUGUGGCAGGAGCUGAGCAAGGAGGAGAAGGAGCCGUUUAUGCGCGGCGCCAAGACGCUGGUCGAGCUACACCGGCUUGAGUACCCCGACUACAAGUACCGGCCGCGCAAGAAGGGCCAGCCCAAGGAGGCGGCCAGACCGUCGGUCGCCAGGAAGACGGCCUGCCGCCGGGAGCGCCAGCUGGCCAGCUCUCCGGAGCCGGUGGUCGGCAGCGUCGGACGGCCGGCCAGUCCGCUGGAGCAGCUGUACCUGGGCGGCGGCGGCAGCCCGGCACCGCUCGGCGCGCCCGACAGCCCGCUGUCCUCCUGCUACGGCGCCGGCUCGCUGGGUCAGGCCAGCCCUGCCAGCGGCCUGCACAUGCCCUACAGUCCGGUGCCGUCCGUCGGCUCCUCCAGCGGCUACGAGUCGGAGCUGUCGUACCGGACGGCGCCCGAGCUGCCCGCCAUGCUCGAGGAGCCGUUCUACGCCCUGUCGCCGCUCGGCUGUUUCUCGCCCGAGCCCGAGCCGGAGAUGACGUUCGACCUGAGCGACCUGGAGGUCACACCGCUCGACGAGACGACGCUGCUCAACCCGCUGGCCAUGUUCCCCGUGUUGGACCUGACCAGCGACGACCUGGACGACCUGCGGUUCGGACUGUAGGCGGCCAGCGGCCGGCCGGCCGGGACAAGCGGGUGUGCGCAGGCGCGGCCCCUGCGCGCAGGGGGGUGACCGCGCACAGGCGUGUCACUGUGCGCAGGCGGCCACGCCCUCGUGGAGGCGUGGGGCGGCCGUCAGGUGCCGGCCCGUUAGUCACGUGGGUAACGGCAGUGUCACACCGGCCCUGGUCAAUCCAGCUCCGUUCAGUUUGUGAUGGAUCACGACUGCAGAGGAUCUGCCGGUGGCAUUGCCACCGCUGGGUCGGGUUUGGGCGAGUUAGGCUACCUGGAAUGGUCUGGUGGAUGCUGAAGCGUGUGCUGUGUAGGAUGUGUCUGGAGUGCUGGUUUUACACGACAAUCUUGCUAGUCGUAACGUACUCGUGUGUUGAAGGAAGCUGGGGGCAGCGAGUUGUGCGGGGAUCUGGCGGAAGCUGCCAAUUAAGUAAUUGCUAAGUUCUUAUUUAUUUUCCUUGUGAUCUCAGUUCUUUUGCAUGACGCUAGGGCUUUCUUUUUGAGAUGCCGAGCUGAAGGAAAUUUGUCUUAUGUUACGAACGACAAUGUGCGAACAUCGCGUGAAUGCAGAUCACUGGCAUUGUGACCAUUUGGAUAUGAAACCAGUUUGUGUAAGCAGUUGAGUGUAGCUCAUAGGCCCCUGUGAUUUCCACAACUUUUGAAACGACGCAUUUUAAUGAUGUGUUCGUGCAUAUGUGUUCUCGGAAUAUGUUGUUCGUUUUGGCAUGAUGUGCGUCAACAGCUGGUGAAAGAAUUUCAGAUCGUCCUCCAUAUACAAGACACCGACUCGAUUAGUUAUAAAUUGAUUGCGCGAUAACGACUGUUUCAUAAUUUGUGCGCAUAUAGUUUGAUGUUUGGUUUUCCCGGCCGCCUUUCCACAAUAUUUGACAGAAGAUUAUAUUUUGACGGCCUGCGGACUGUAUUUGGAAGCUCAGUGGCGUGUGCCGCGGAACGUUCGGUAGACCCAUUUGUGGUAAUGUGAUCUAGAACAUUCAAUUUGUGAACCUAAAACGUGCAUGCGAAGGUGCUGCCCACAGUCGCCUCACAUCCAGGUUUUCUGUCAGCAGCGCCCACAAAUAGAAAGCUAUAGGAAUUACAAUUGCUUGGUUGUUCCCCAAACCGUUCAAAGGCCAAGAUUAUUGUUGCAACGUCUAUGUAGGCGCCGUUGACUGCGCUGCCUAAGCAGUGUAUAAAUGGCAGAGCUAGAGCGGUGAACUGGCGAUCCAAUGGGAUCCAAGCUCUCCCAACUCCCGUACUGAGACGCUGUCUAUUUUUACGUGCAUCGCUGCGAUAUGGGCAUCAUGGCUGGCUUUGCACGAAGGGCACGAGGCCCCCUCGCCUCCGCUGGCGAUCAUGGAAAGCUCGGUGACGCGACCAUCAGCCAUGGUGCUGAGUAUUGCUGUUUCAGUUCGCAGUCUUGUUGAUGGCCGGUGUUUGGCGGCUGGGGCCGCUGGCGCUGCCCAACUGCUCGUAGUAUGACCUGAAGUUUGAUGAUCUAUCGCAAGAUCUCCAUAGAAGGCGAGCGUGCGGGAGACCGCAAUGAAAUGUGACGGUUGGAUCGGAUCGCCUCUUGCAUGAGGCGUGGCUCUAUGAGUGUACGCAUUGUGAGCUAUGGACGUCGACGGACGGCGCAGACCAGCAGAUGGGCACAGUUCCGUCUGAAAACACGCACAGUCUGACAAAGUCUGCGGAGUGACAAUGGUCCAGCACAAGAUACCUCCACCUAUGCAGGUGCUUUUCAAUGUGAGCGGUCGUUUGGAAGAUGUGAUUUGCCCAUGCUGUUUUGUGAGUCUAGUCCACCUUUGCGAGCGCGCAUGCAUACGUGUGUGCUCCCGUGUUUUUAUGUUCAGGAGCCGUGUCGUGCAUUGCCAAUAUACGACUGCCCCAUCCGA